CCGACGCCGAUAAAUUGGUUGCGGAUGUAGUCCUCCGUAAACUGGUUAUACUCAGUUUAUACUUUAUAGUAGUUUAUGAAAGCGCAUUAGUAUUGCAUCAUGUAAAAUUUAAUUCACAAAAUUAUGUUAUAAAUGAGUCAAUGACGAAGUAUUUGAUCAUUCAAAUGUUUAUGAAUCUGAUGUCAUAAUUUUAGUACAGUAAUAUAGACGUUUGUUUUGCACUUUCUCUGUAAAGCACAUUUCCAUAAGACUUAAGUCACUUAACUCAAGUCAGUCAGAGUCUGCGCCUGUCGAUAGGAACACCACACACUACCUUAUCGGCUAUCGGUGAAGGAAUCUUCCACAGAAUCCGGACAACAAUGUCUUCAUUCUCCCAUCUGGACUUGGCUGGCAAGAACGUACUCCUGCUCUGGUACGGCGGCGUCAACACGGACGCCCUGCAGAAUGUCGCCCGGGGAUUCACGGAACAGAUCGGCGCAAGCAGUCGAUUAACGGUGGAGAACGUGGAGCGUCUAAAGAUUUCUAACUAUUCCAGUUCGUCGUUCGAUGUGGUUAUCUCGGGUGUGUUGCCUCCGUGGACCUUCGUGCACGACGACCAAAUUCUCCCCGAAAUCCUCCGCAUCGUCCGACCCGAGGGGCGCUUCGUCUUCCAGGAGGUCGUUGUGCCCAUCAAUACGCCGGAUUUCCCCAUUAAGACCGAGGGCUGGCUCAAGUCACACAUGAAGAUUAAUGGGUUUAUCGCGGAUUUUUCGGAUGUGGCACUUUCUGCGUCAUACAUGGACAAUCUUCAUACAGUCCUGAAAAUUCCAACUUCUUUGCCGUUAAAAGUGUGCCAGGGUAUUGUGAAGAAGCCCAGUUACGAAACGGGAUCAGCAUCCAUUCUUCCCUCGGCUAAACUCAAUCUGGCAUCAAAGCCGGCGUCCAACGGAACCAGUGGUGUCUGGACCCUGGCGGGAUCAGAUAUGGAUGCGGAUAUGGACCUGAUCGAUCCCAACGAGAUGUUGGAUGCCGAUGACUUUGCCAAACCGGAUCCAGCGUCCCUGAAAGCCAACUGUGGACCGGGGAAGAAGCGCGCCUGCAAGGAUUGUACCUGUGGCUUGGCCGAGGAGUUGGCGGCGGAGAAGGGAAUGACAGCAGCGGCUGCCACGGUGAAAUCCUCAUGUGGAAGUUGUUAUCUGGGUGAUGCAUUCCGCUGCGCCAGCUGUCCCUACCUGGGCAUGCCGCCAUUCCAACCCGGCCAGCAGAUCACACUCUCCGACCGCCAACUCAAUCCGGAUUUGUGAAAUGUGUGCAUAGAUUUCUGAUUCUUGUAUUAAAGCAGUGUUCAACAGUGCUGUGGUGAGUGCAAAAACCUUUUUCCUACCUGUUCUACUUCUUGCAAAAAUCCAGCUUUGGCUCUGAUUGACCCUCCACUGACACUUGCAAGCUUCAUUGCUUAUUCUGUUUAGUAAAACCCGGACGAAGCUUUUCAAAAUUAUCAAUAAAUGCAAUAGAUAAAUAAAAACGAUCGAAGUUUAAA